AAAUUAUUCCUUAUUUUUUUUAUUUUAUUUUUUUCAAUUAAUUGUUUCAAAUCAAAUGCAGGUGAUGUAGAUACAUCAACUCUUUUUAGUGAUGUGGAAAGCAAUUUAUUACGUUCAUUAAUUAUUGGUCAACUAAACAAUAAAAUCGAUACUUUUAAAAUGGAUGUAUACCAUCAAAUUAAAAACGACACAAAAGCUGAAGAUGGAAAAAUACUUGCAGUAUUGGGCGAGAAAGAUUUUUUUUUAAACAAAAGCCUACUUCAAGAAUGCAUAGAUCAUAAAAUAGCAUUAAUAUUAAUCAAUAUAAACUCUGAAGAUAAAAAGGAUUUAUGCCCAUUGGUUUUUGAUUGCAGUAAGAACACCGAUGACUAUUUCUAUAUAUGGCUACCAUCAAAUAAAGAUAAUUAUGAAUUUAGUUUUAGUUUGUACAAAAAUAAGAAAACUGAAGCACCAACCAUUGCAUCAUCAUCCUCAGAAACAUCCAAAAAAAUCAUUAAUAAUGCCAAUAUUGACAAUACAUAUAUCCUCAAAGCAGAAAACCCAUUUGAAGAAUUAGCCAAAAUCAUUGAAAAAGAAAGUUUAUUUGGGGAAUAUAAAGUUGAAAAAGACCAAGAUAGAAAAAGAAAAAUAAGUGAAUGGAUUAAUGGUGAAAAACUUGAAAAGAUCCAAAAAGAAACUGUCAAAAUGGUAAGUAUUACCAAUGAUAGAACUGGAACUAUAUUUGGAAGUAAAUCAUUGGCCGCUGAUGAAGAAAAACUUACAGAAUAUAUAGAAAAAAAUAUCCCAAUCUUUUUAUUAGAUGUAGACGAAAAAGAAAAACAAUUUUUCUGUAAAAAAAUUGAAAGUUGUGCUAAUGGUCCAAGCUAUUUCGUUGCCUUUGUUCCUUUCAAAGAUGAAAAUGGAAAUUUGGAAAGUGUCAAUGUUUAUGACUAUUUGAAAGAUGGUACCAAAUUUACUGUGACUCUAUAUAAUUUUUAGAGCCAUAGUUAAAUUUAUAAAAGAAAAAAAAAAAAUUUUAUUUUUUAUUAUUUAAAUUUAUAUUUUAAAUUUUAUUAUGUUUUUAAAAAAAUAAUUAAAAUAUAAAACAUAAAAUAAAAUUAUAAUAAAUAAAAAUAUAAUUAUAAAAUUUAAAACU